UCCAGCGGGUGCCGCAGGUGCAGUCGAUCCCGAGGCGCGUCCCGAAGAUGGUACCGAAGGCGAUCCUGCUGCUCUUGGGGGCUCUCUGUUCCCUGGGACCCUCCGAGGGCUCCAUGGAGUGCAAGAACACGAUCAUGAACGUCAUGAUGCAGCAGUGCAGUGGUCUGGGCUUCAAGAUCAAGAGGUCCUCUCAGGACGUCUCUCCAAGGGCGGAGGGACCCCCCGAAGGCGACCCCGACCUGCCUCCCGUCCCCUGGCCUCUCGUCAGACCCCCCUCAGGACCUAGAGAAACCUCCAGUACCCGGGUUAAGCGGCAAGUUUCCCCGGAGACGGCGGAGAUGAUGGGCAGAUUCGCGGCACCCAUAGUCUCGCAGGUGAUCCAGGACGCUCGCCGAAACCGCGAGUUAUCGCGUUAUUCAAGAGUCGCUCCCGUUAUCAGCUAUCCUGCCCCUGUUGGGUAUUACGGUCCUUUCGGAUUGGGACAGCAGCAGGCGAUGCAGCCCCCCUCGGGAGUCCUGCCCCCGGCUUCCGGGGACGACCUGGGCUUCCGGGACGGCAUCGACCUCAGCCCGGAAGAGGUGGAGGAGCUCUACAACGACGUCCUCGAGAGGCUGCCCAGGGCGGCCAGGAACAAGGACGAGUCGAAGAAGCUGUUCAUGACCAUGGCUGCCAGGUGCUGCCAGGACGUGGACGUCUGCCUGAGGGACGAGAAGCUCUCCCCCUGCUCGUGACCCUGCGGCCGACCCGACCCGGAAACUCCGCGAAACGAUUUUUCGAAUCAACGAGCCGACCCCUAGUUAUACUCAGGGCGUUCCGUGGAUCCCGAUGCGGAUUCGGGGAGAUCGAUCGACCGAGCCGGAUCCGUCCCACGGGUCAAACGGGAGCCCGACCUUUAAAUUAUUUCCCCGAAAUUUCCGUAGUACCGCCUAGAGCCUUUAAAUUAUUAUAAAUUAUUCCUCGAGAUCCAGCCGGUCGCUCGAUGCUCCAAAAUUCAAUCAAGAAGACAUUUAAUGGAUAAAAUGCGACCCUUCUACCCGGGCGCUUCCUCGGGUCGCGACCCGAGAGGAAGGCGCGCCUCGGUGUCUAGUUUCUAAUCGAAAUGUUGCGCUUUAAAGAUCCAGGUUCCUAAAGACGUGAUUAUUUAAUAAACCAGUGUUAAAGUCGUAGCAUCGCGGAGCUCCGCGCAGGGUCGAAACGCGUAGUGGAUUUUUUUUCUCCUCGGCGCAACCUUUGCGUCUCGGCCGCCCGGUAGUCGCAAUAAAAGGAAGGGUACUUCAGGACGUAA